AUGCUUGUUGAUGCUCGUUAUUCGUUAUAUUAUUCUAAUAAUCGACAAGAAUCAAAUCGUGUAUUCGAUUGUUUAUAUGCAUAUUUAAAAGAUAAAUUAAUAGAUACAGAGGCUCCUUAUACUAUUAAUUAUCAAAUAAUUCCUUAUUGUCGACGACUUGAUGAAAAUGAAGAGCAAGAUAAACUAUCGAAUGAAUUACAUGAAAACAUUGAAAAUCUUAUUACUUUUGCUGAAUUAUAUCGUCAAGGUGUAACAAGUAAACAAUUAUUUGAUUGGUAUGUACCGAUAGAUAUUGCAGAACAAUAUGAAACAGAUGGAAAAUAUUCCAAUGAACGAUUCUAUAAUUGUUCAUCAUCAUGGUUUGGUUCUAUGUGUGAAUAUACAUUUGAUAUUAAUAUAACAUUUUCAUUUAAUUCUAUUAUUGAAACUAUUUUUGAUAAUCGUAGAUUAACAACGGAAGACAAAUUCUCCAGUAUUAUUGGUACAUGUUAUCGAUUUUUAACUGGUUGUAAUCGUGGUUUAUCAUCAUUAUGUUUGGAUUGGUGUGAAAUCUGUGAUGGUAAUUAUGAUUGUAUAAAUGGAGAAGAUGAAGAAUUUUGUUAUUUAUUAGAAACAAAUGAAUGUUCUCAUAAUGAAUAUCGAUGUCAUUAUGGGGGACAAUGUAUUCCGUUAACGUUUAUGCGUGAUGGAAUGUAUAGUACUGAUUGUCUUGAUGGUACUGACGAAAAAGAUUUUCAAUAUGCAAUCGAGGGUGUUCAAAAUCCUUGUGUUACAACUCCGAUAUUUCGAUGUGAAGAACGUACAAUUCGAUAUCCAUGGCGUUUUUCAUGCGGUGAUGGUGAGUUUCUGAUGCUAGAUAUACCUCAAUUUUCGCAAAGAUGUCAUAAUCUUCGAGAUAUACCGAUGUCGUCAAGUAUAUUUACUUCGUUGGAUCAUAUUUCAGAUUUGAAUUGUCGACAAGCAUUGUACUGUUUGCUUCGCAUUAAUGAAAUCAUUUCUGGUGCAGAAACAGCGAGUAAUACUCAUUGUGAAUCACUUAUCGAUCAUUGUUCAUCCAAAUGGGUUAUUCUACCUGAAUAUCCAAUAAUAUAUCGAUUCUUUCAAUUUGUUUAUUUAACUAAUCGAUCAAUAAAUGAAUUUCAAACAAAUCUUCUACCUGAUUUUAUUUGUUUCAAUUCAAGUCGAUGUCCUGCAUUGAUUUAUUGUUCUGUCGAUAUUGGAAUACAAAAUGGACUUCAUUGUUGUAAAACUAUCAGUCUAAUAAAUGAAACACUUGACGAUUGGUAUUUUAUCGAUGUUAUGUUUCGUAAUCUUAUUCAACGUUGUUCAACAAUUGGUACAACUAAAUCUUGUUCAUCUCCAUCUUUAUUUUAUUGUUCACAAUCUUUAAAAUGUAUUUCAAAACAUCGAUUAUCUGACGGUUCUAAUGAUUGUUAUUAUGGUGAAGAUGAAUCAUUUUCUGCUUGUCAAUUAAAUGAUUCAAAACGAUUUAUUUGUCCAUCAGAACCAAACAAAUGUUUAUCAAUAAUUGCACUUGAAAAUAGAAAAACUGAUUGUUUAGACGGAGAAGAUGAAUUAACUUCUGAUGAACGUAAUGCUUUUCAAGGACUUAUACCAUUUGGACUUGUUUGUAAUGGUAUUUAUGAUUUCUUAUCGAUGAAGAAUUUAAGUGAAAUUGAUGAAACACAUUGUGAUUGGUGGCCAUGUAAUAAUCCAUAUGUUCGAUGUGAUAAUAUCUGGCAUUGUCUCAAUGGUGAUGAUGAACUUAAUUGUCCUAGAAAAAACUGUUCAUUCAAUGAACAUGAAUGUUACAAUGAAUAUUUAAAUAAAUACUAUUGCAUACGAAAUGUUAAUUUAAUGGAAUCAUAUUUGGAUUGUCAAAAUUCACGACCCUUUCGUGAAAUUUAUUUUAAUAAUAUAACAAUGAGAAAUAAUACAUAUUAUUUUUUAUGGAAUCAAACAAAAUGUAUUACUUCACAACAUAUUUGUCAAUAA